AUGCUCAAGCAGCAGCUGGAGAAGUCCAUGCUGGACCGUAACUACGUUCAACUCGAAAGGGACACCAUACAAACGUUCUACGACAUCACCCGCCAAGAGGUCAAGACGCUGGAGCUCAAGACUUCUGCGAAGGACAGGGAGAUGGAGCUGAUGGAGGACAACCACAGCAUCCUCAGCCGGAGAGCUUCGCCCAGGGUGGAAGUCCGCGUGUACGUGCAGAAAGUGAAGCACCUGGAGUACGAGCACCAGAAUAACCUCAAAUCCAUCACCAUGGACGGCGAGCAACUCUUGAGCGGCGAGGGCGAUCUUCACGGCAAUCGAAGCUCGGAGCUGCACCGAGUAAAGAAGGAUAUCAAGAGCGAGGUCGAGGAGCGUUACCUGCUCAACGCCGAGGAAAUCGCCCAGGUGAAGAAGGCGCACGGGAAGACGCUCACAAAGAUGCGGGAGGGUUUCGAGGUGAGCCUUUCGGAGCUGAGAGCCCGGUGCGACGCGAGGCUGGCCUCUCUGGAGGACGACUUGGAGCUCCGGAGAAAGGUGGACAUUCACGAGAUCGAGGAGCGAAAAAACCUCCACAUCAACGACCUGAUGAAGAACCACGAGAAGGCCUUCGGGCAGAUGAAGGCCUACUAUAACGACAUCACCAACGAUAACCUUAAGGAGAACAAGCGACUGAGCGAGCCGCUAACCGUGGCUCUUACCGACGUGGCCGAGUUGCAUGCGCACCUCAGGGGGCAGGAGAAGGACCGCAUGUCUCUCACCAACGCCAAGGCUAGGCUCCGAGUCAUCGACGAGCAGCUGUCAGAGGUGCGAGAUAGCCACAAAGAACUGGAGGUAGAUUUUGCGAGGGUGGUCGAGGAGAGGGACCAGCUAUACGACACUUUCGAGGGUGCAGUGAGGGCCAUUCAGCAGAAGAGCGACUUCAGAAACUUGGCCUUGGAGCAGCGGAUGUCUUCGGUUGAGGAAUCGAUCGAGAAAGCGGGAGUACAGCUGACGCAGAUUGUCACGGCAGCGAAGCUGGAUCCGCCGGAAGUCGAUCGCGUCAUGACGGGCUUGGAGGAGGUCCUCACCGCAAAGAACGGCGCCGUCAGCGACCUGCAGUACGCCUUCGUGAGGACCGCGAAGGGCUACAACGACUCCCUCCGCACCUACACCGCCAAGCUCAAGGCCUGUGGCGUGCCCGCCGAGGACAUCGCGAGCAUGGGCUUUGCCCCCUACACCACAAGCACGUCUCUCGGCCCAGCUGGACUCGUCGUGCGAUGA